UUUUGGGACGCCGGGCUCACGUCACGAGAGCUGCGCGCACGAUCCGCCAGGUUCGAGUUCGGUUCGACUACUCGGCCACCGGUAGUCCAGCGGGGCGACGUAGACAGCCUAUCGCGAGGCGAAGGAGCACCCAGUCACGUGAUGAAAGCCGCUAGACUGGCUGGUGGACUCGCGUUGCUACAACUGUGCUGCUGCGGCGUGACGCUGGGAUUUGUCGAGUACGGCAACGGGGCCACCUGGGAGCGUGAGUUGCCGGCCUGCGCUUCUGCCCGUUCAGUAUGCAGUCUGGUCCACAGACGCUACUGGCUCAGCCCCCUGGAAAUAAGAUUGUGCCGUUGCCCGCACAAGGAGCCCUGUCCAGAAGGAUUUGAGACGGCUCCUUCGGCCUGGGCGGUCAACAUCACCUCUAGGACACAACUCAAGAUGUGCUCGGCCUGGCAACCAACCAACUGCACCUCCGACCAGACGUCCCUAAUUAUGAGGACCAGCAGGACGUUCCCAUCUCCAGAGAGGCAGGGCACCAAGGAGAUCCACGCAGACGUGCUCUGUCAGUGCGCUCAAGAUCGGGACGUCUACUACAGGCGCACCCAUGGCAACAACACGGCCGACCUCACCUACUACGAGCAACGGCAAUACUUCAGAUGUGCACCGCUCUCCGAAUGCAAGGCCGGGGCAUCGUGUGGCCACAUCACGCGGGACUUCUAUGCCACCUACAAGACGUGUCACUGUCCCGCCAACCACCUUUGCACCGUGCCCCAAGGAAGGAACCGAAAAGUGGAGAACGUUCGGGAGGCAAUGUACGAAGGUGCCGCUUACCAAGCCCUCUGCUUACCGAGCCCAGGGAUCCAACGCCGAACUUCCAAGGGCUGAAGGCCAGCACUCGCUUAGAGUUCAGACACAUAGUCAGUAUGAUGGUACCUGUUGUAAAUAAAACGUGAGCUUUUUCUUUGAACUCUUUCACUUAAGUUAAUAUUAGACACUGUGAAGGCCGCCCCAUACUCUGUCGGCAUAUUCGAGAAGUGACCUGACAAAAGUUUUGUAAGCUGCCAAUUUAAUGAUGCAUAGCUUUUUGUUAAGUACCAAAGUUUGUUUAAUGGGAUAGGUAUAACACGAUAGAUCUAGGAAUUUCAUUGUGGAUUGCAAUAAUGACUCGUGAGUAUUUGCAAGGUAACCUGUGAAAGUAAGCAACCAUACACUGUAGUUGAAAAAGUUGUUGCUUUCCACAUUAUGUGCCUAUAAACAGACUUAUUGUUGUUUAAAUACGAGGGGGGACCCAAAAGAAACCGAACUAAAUUUUUUUGCACUUAUUUAUUCCCAUUUUAAGUACAA